CACCCCGUCGCUGAUGUUAACCCUUGGAAUACCUAGAAGGGGGCGGCUCUCCAUGACGUCAGACGGAUGUAAUGCGGAGUAAUGUUGACUAUAGUUCCCUAGGAGUUUGACUUUCGCGGUAUGACCCUCACGGGGAGCCGUAGCCGGGGAGUUUAGUUCUUUUUCUGCUGCUGGACUACAAAUCCCAGUUUGCCUGGAAGUUGUAGUGAGUAGAUGGGGAUGUUGGUGAAGGGGCUGGCUCCAGCAUGGAGGACCCUGAGGGCUGCUACUCCUGCUCUAUUUCAAGGUGUCCGGUACGGCUCCGCCCAGGCCUAUGACAUCACAGCGGAGGAUGGAUGGAAAGCAAUGGACCACGUGGGAGGACUAUACCCGCACCAUAUUCCCACCAACACCCUCCAGAAGGUCCUGCUGUCUGCCGGCUCGGCCGUCAUGUCCUUGUACGAUCCCUACAGACACGAUAUGAUCGCUGUUCUGGGGGAGACCACCGGCCCCCUGGCCCUACAGAGGCUGCACGAGAAGAUGAGCCGAGACCCAGAGGGGAAGCAGAUCCUACAGGAGCGCCCCCGUAUCAAGAUGUCUAAUCUGGAUAUUGAGAAGUUUAAAGCGUUGCCCGACGGAACGUUUGGCAGAGAAUACGUCAGAUUCCUGGAUGUCAAUCACGUGACGCCUGACACCCGCAUGCCGGUGAAGUUCGUGGAUGACGAGGAGCUGGCGUACGUGGCUCAGCGGUAUCGGGAGGUCCACGACCUGAUGCACACGCUCCUGGGGAUGCCCACCAACAUGCUGGGUGAAGUUGUGGUGAAGUGGUUCGAGGCGGUGCAGACCGGGCUGCCCAUGUGCAUGCUGGGAGCCGCGUUCGGACCUCUGCGCCUCAGUGCCAGGAGGAGGAAGAAGUUGAUAGAGCUGGUUCCCUGGGCCGUGCAAAGUGGGCGCAACGCCCGCUGCGUCCUUAAUAUUUACUACGAGAAGCGGUGGGAGCAGACGGUGGAGUCCCUGAGAGAGGAGAUCGGGAUCCAGCCCCCACCCACCAUCAAGGUGAAUUUCUUCUGCAGGUGCUACUGAGCUCGGUUAUAAACGUAUUUGUCAGACAGCUGCAAUGUAAGCGCCCAGAAAACCACCAUGGAAAGCACGAAACCACA